AUGGACAACAGCUGCAUCUAUGGCUGUGAUGGGGGUUUGCUCUCGCUGCCCAUCUACGCCGCCGGCGACGACACAACGGCGCGAGAGGAUGUGUACUAUCUCGGUAUCGUCGAUGUUCUGCAGGAGUACACACCGACGAAGCGUCUUGAGAACUUUGCAAAAGGGCUUUGGAGCAACCGGCAACAGAUAAGCGUCGUGCCACCCAAGGAAUUCGCGGAGCGUCUUUACAAAGUCAUGGAGAAUAUCACGGUGUGA